UUUAAGUGCAUUCCAGAAGGAAAGUUGGGCACUGCAAUUUAUUAGUUUUCAUUUUCUUUCGCACGUUAAGUCAAGUGCAUUUAUUUACUGUAAUUAAAAUUAUAUUAUAGUAAUUGCAUUCUCUUCUUUUUCGUUUUUGCGGUUCUUUACUUUUUGGAUAUUAAUGGUAAAUUUUGGGGUACAUUGUAUCAAAAUAUGUUACCUUUUCGCACCAUUGAAUUUCAUUGAUAUGGCGGAAAUUGGGUUUUCUUCUACAUUAGUUACUGUCUAAGCGUUGUUCUUCACCGACGGUAAAAUCUCUUUGGCGUCUGACAAAGACUGGAGUGAAGAAGAAGAGUAAAAAGGGAAGAUAUACUGUUGAUUUGCAAUGUCGAAACAGAGAUUUGGUGCACGGAAUUCGGGAUUACCUUCAGUAUUUCAAUUUCAGAGUGGGCAUAUGCCAUCUGGGGUGGUGCCAGUUUCACGAGCUGUAAAUGUAGGCAAAGUCUUAGACAGCCCAGCAGGAUCUGACAUGGAUAUGGGGUCUGAUUCUGAUGACGAGUUCAGUGGUGCACGACAUUCACUUGAAACAUCUCCGCAAGACAACAAAAUUCCCAAUGGUGGCGCUAUAUACAAAAAUUCAUUGAAUGGGCGUAUGGAUAAUGCUAUCAGUCACAGGAAUCACAUGGAGAGUCCAAGAGGGCGAGGUGGUAGAUUUCCAGUGGGAUGCCCAGAUUCUGUCUAUGACGAACCACCAGACUCCUUAAGAAGCUCAGAAGUGAAUUCUACGCCAACCAGGAAAGCAUACGUGCCAGAUGCUUACAGCUCUCGUGUCAAUUUGCAGCCAAAUGAAGAGGAUUUCUGCAGUCUGCCAUUGCAGAGUAAGAAGUUCUAUGAUGACGGUUUUGCCAGUGCACCCCCACUGACUGCUUCUUUUCGGCACACUAAUCAAGUUGCUGAAAAACCUGUGUCAUCUGGAGAUAAUAUUGCCACCUUUUCGACAUCCGGUGGUUCUGCAACUGGGAUCGAACAUAACGCCUACAAGGGUACGCCUUUGGGUGCAACAGAAGUCAGUACUCCUGAACCAUCAGUAAGGACUGCGGCUGCAUCUUCUCAUUGUUUACCUCCUCAAUAUCCUACAUUUCACGCAAGUGGGCUAGGUUAUUGGUACGGUGUUAUAUCCUAUGAGGCGUGUGUUCGGCUAUGCCUUCACUCUUGGGCGAAGGGCUGCAUGGAAGCUCCCGAGUUUCUGGAAAAUGAAUGUGCACUGCUGAGGGAUGCUUUUGGGUUGAAACACGCAUUGUUACAAUCAGAGGAAGAAAUCUUGAGAAAAGACUCUUCAGAACUUGUCAGCGAAGGAGCUUCUGUAAAAAUGAAGAAAACCAUUGGCAAGAUUAAAGUUCAAGUGCGAAGAGUGAAAAUGGGGCUGGACCCACCUACAGGCUGCACAUUUUCAUCUUUAAAGUCAUCAUCUAUUGUAAAGCUGGAAUCAUUUCAGUGUCGGUUAUCCAACGUAAAAUCAAUCCUCUCUUCUGAGAGGAGAGUGCUGCGAAAAGCACAUGUGACCCCAAGAGUUCCUAUUGAUGGAUCAUUUUUACAGCAAAGUAUGACAUAUGUAGUUGUUGGAACUCGCCGGUAUAUGAAAGAAGUUCCUGAGCUCAUUAAAAUUGGUGUCAAUGCUUGGCGCCACAGUUCUUCAUCAUAUGAAGUUGUGCAAGAAUCAUAUUCCUGUUUAUUGAGGUUAAAAAGUUCGCCCGAGGAGGAUGCAGUGAGAAUGCAGCCAGGAUCUGGUGAAACUCAUGUUUUCUUGCCAGAAGGGCUUGGAGAUGAUCUGAUAAUUGAAGUCCACGAUUCGAAGGGAAAUAAUUUUGGACACGUUGUAGUUCAGGUAGCUGAUAUUGCUGAAGAAUUGGGAGAGAGGCUCCGUUCAUGGCCUAUAUAUCAUGAGCCCGAACAUGAACUGGUUGGGAAAUUACAGCUGAAUUUAAAUUAUUCAACGACUCCCACUGAAAACAGUAACAAGUGUGCAUCUGUCGCGGAGACAAUUGCAUAUGAUUGUGUUCUGGAGGCAGCAAUGAAAGUGCAACAGUUUCAGCAGAGAAACUUGUUGCUACAUGGUUCUUGGAGAUGGUUGAUAACAGAAUUUGCGUCUUACUAUGGAGUUUCAGAUGCAUACACGAAAUUGAGAUAUCUUUCGUACAUUAUGGAUGUUGCCACACCAACUUCAGACUGUCUGGAGUUGGUUUAUGAUUUGCUUCUACCUGUUGUUAUGAAAGGCAAAACUGAACAUAGAUUGAGUCACCAAGAGGGUCGUAUUCUGGGGGAAGUUUCUGAUCAAAUUGAGCAGAUAUUUAGUUUGGUUUUUGAGAAUUACAAGUCACUUGAUGAGUCAUCAUCAUCUGGUAUUGUCGAUGCGUUCAGACCUGCUACAGGACUGGUGGCUCCUGCUCUUACUCCUGCUUUGAAACUGUACAAGCUUCUGCAUGACAUACUUUCUUCUGAGGCACAAUUGAAAUUAUGCAGAUAUUUUCAGAAUGCUGCAAAGAAGAGGUCCAGGAUGCACUUGGAAGAAUCAGAUGACUUGGUCUCCAGCAAUAACGAAAACUUAUUGAUGGAUCCUGUGGCUCUUUCUACUGCUUACAAGAAAAUGAAAUCACUUUGUUUGAACAUUCAAAAUGAGAUUUUGACUGACAUUGAAAUCCAUAAACAACAUCUUCUACCUAGUUUCAUGGACCUUCCCAACCUAUCUUCAUCCAUAUAUAGUACAGAGCUCCAUAGUAGAUUGCGGGCAUUUCUUGUUUCAUGCCCUCCAGCCGGACCAUCACCUCCUGUUGUAGAACUUGUUAUAGCAACUGCUGAUUUUCAAAGGAAUCUUGCUUUGUGGAAUAUCAGUCCGAUCAAAGGCGGAGUUGAUGCAAAGGAGUUGUUCCACUUAUAUAUACGUGUCUGGAUCCAGGAGAAGCGUCUUGCAAUGCUUGAAUCUUGCAAGCUCGAUAAGGUGAAGUGGUCCAGCUACCAUGCAGCAAACUCCACGACUCCUUUCAUUGAUGACAUCUAUGAUCAGCUGAAGGAGACACUCAAAGAAUAUGAUGUCAUUAUCAGUCAUUGGCCGGAAUAUACUUUUGCAUUGGAAAGCGCCAUAGCAGAUGUUGAGAAGGCAGUAGUUGAAAGCUUGGAGAAGCAGUUUGCUGAAGUUUUAUCUCCAUUAAAAGAGAACACAAUGCCCAUGAAAUUAGGUCUGAAAUAUGUUCAGAAAUUUACGAAGGGUAAUUCUACACCUUAUGUCACCCCCAAUGAGUUGGGAAUCCUUCUGAACUCCAUGAAGAGGAUGCUUGAUGUUCUGCGGCCCCCGAUAGAAGAAAAACUGAAAUUGUGGGGCUCCUGCAUCCCUGAAAGUGGGAAUGCGGUCCCAGGAGAGUCUCUCAGUGAAGUAACAGUGAUGAUUAGAACCAAAUUCAGAGCUUAUUUGCAAGCAGUCAUGGAUAAACUUGUGGAAAAUACGAAACUGCAGCGUGCUACAAACUUGAAGAAGUUAAUCCAAGAUGUAAAGGAAAAUGAAUUAGAGUCCAAUUUACGGCAUAGGAUGCAGCCUUUGAAGGAUUUGCUGUCCAAUACUAUUAAUCAACUCCACACUAUACUUGAAACUCAAGUGUUUGUAAUAAUGUGCCGAGGUUUCUGGGAUCGGAUGGGUCAGGACGUGCUAAGGUUUCUGGAGGAUAGAAAGGAAAACAGAUCCUGGUAUAAAGCGUCGCGAGUGGCAGUAACUGUCUUGGAUGAUACAUUUGCUUCACAAAUGCAACAGUUGCUUGGCAAUGCACUAGAGGAGAAGGACCUGGAACCACCUCGGUCUAUCCUAGAAGUGCGAUCGAUGCUAUGUAAGGAUGCUGUGAACCACAAGGAUAACGACUACUACUACUGAAGUAACUGUACAUACAGAUGUAUGGAUACGGUGAUGAGCUUUUGCCACUCCGUGGAGGGUGAAAAGUAGCCAGAGAGUCGAAGUGAAUGGAUAAUAUUUUUGCAUGAUCAAAGCCUGAUAAAGGAGGGAUUUGCUCUAUUUUAGAGAGAGAGCAAUUCUGGAGCUGCAGAAAGACCAAUUCUCAUGGUCUCCAUGGUAUCUGUCUUGUCUUGAAUUUCAGCACACAAUGCAAUUCUCUACUAGUAAACUGUGUCUUCUCAACUCUUAUGGCGAAUCAUGAUAGCAAAAUAUUUCUUUCGUAUAAAAUACGUCGGUUUUUUUGCUUGUCUGCUUCA